AUGUGUUUCACCGGUAGGCUAGCCUUUGUCACAGGACGACGGCUCGGGCGAGCUGAGUCAGCCGUAAAAUUCACGAAGCCGCCAGCUGGUGACGCCGGCGUUUCUCAACAAACUGUAGUUCAGGCUUUAUGUACUGGAGUAUGCCAACUGUUGCAAGCUGAGAACAGUAGAUGGACGGACAUGAAAGUCGGCGUGAUCUGUUUUAUACGAGAUCCACAUGCCAAAGAGUACGUGUUAUCACUGCUUUAUCCUAAAGCGGACGAGCGACUCCCAGCAACAGUGCUUUGGACCAUGCCAGUAUCGGCAUUCUUCGAAACGGAACGAACCAGUGACGAACAUCUGUUGACAUUUACCAUGGAAUCGUAUCCCCGGGACGUUUGUGGUCUCAACUUCCAUGAUCCACAAGAAGCGGACGAGUUUCAUCGAAUUCUAGUACAAGAAAAUCGAGGACGAAAAUCUCGAGGAGCUACCAAGCCAAAGCGGCAGGCACCACCACCUCCUUCACAGCCAAGCGGUAGGGAAGCGAUCGAACGGUUAAUGGAGCUCUCAAAUGGCAAUUCAACCGGCGACAAUGAGAAGAAAGAACAUCGGAAAAGUUUCCUUGGAGGACUGUUCACCAUGAAAAAGAAGAAAAAGGAAAGGAAAAAGCUCGACAUUAGUGCACCAACGCAAUUCCAGCACCUCGAUCACCUUGGCCUGGAGGAAUUAUCAAAAGAGGAUCAGGAAACGUUCCAUCACCUGAUUAAGGUUGUAGAUAUCGAACCUGGCAACGAGGACCAAAUGCAACUACUACGCAGUAUUGUGGCCACCAAAGGCAGUGAAGUACGGAAUUCCAUGCGAAUCAAGCGAAAUUCUGUCCGCCCCACUGAUACCUUCGUUCGAGGCAACAACCAUACGACAUUGGCUGAGUCCAGGAACAGCAUGAUGGUGGUACACAAGCAACAACGGCGAACCCCUCGUGAAGUGAAGAAAGGCUCAUUCAAGAUAGAAAUCGAUCAAUACCUCAAUCCCGAUUGGGGAGCAACGCCUUCAUCAUACGAAGUACAACAGAAACUGCAGGUCCAGACAGAUUCAAAAGAAGUCAACAGAGAAUCCUACAAUGAUCGGCCAUGGGUUGCACCCAAACCGCAAGCACCGCCGGUACCAUCCCGAAGCGAAGCAAUGACGACGUCAUAUUCACCCGUGGGUAGACGAAAAGUGUCGCCAUAUUCGCCAGUACCACGUUUACCACCGCCCAGCGAGCAAGCUCCACGACUACCGGAGCGGUAUAGGUCUGAACAAGGAGUUAGCAAUCCAGUCUGGCGAAUAGAGAUGCCUUUGCCUAGUGGUAUUCAACCCCCUUCCCAUUCACCUCCGCCUACUCCACCAUCAAGUCAGCCAUCUCCAGUACCGAAUCAGACAGCNGUGAUUUCGCUCGCUCCUCCUCCACCUCCACCGCCGUCUGGACUUCUCUCCCCAGCGCCCACUCCCCCUCCUUCCACCGACGUCAAACAACGAUCUGCCGAUGUUUCACCAGUUUCCAAUGAUCGGAGGAGUUUCUUGGAGGAAAUCCAGAACGUCGACAAAGGGAGAUUACGUCACGUCGAUCCCAUCACAAAGCCUAUUCAAAGCGAAGAUUCCCCAAUAGGUGACGGUGGUCUUUUGUCAGCAAUCCAAGCCGAAUUGGACAAACGUCGAGGUUACAUCGCAUCUGACAGCGACGACGGUAAGGACAUAUGCACCUUUGCAUCUGAGAGAAAUCCAAUAUGUUUGGACAAACGACGAAGUUGUUUAGAAGUGUUUCACUGA